GUAGUUAUAUUAUUUUAUGAUAUCAUUAUGAUUAAACUAAUUAAUUUUACUAUUAUAGUCAUCAGCAGGUUAAAUUAAUUUGUGUCGAAAAAAUUGCAUUUGAAAAUAUCAUUGUGUAUAUGAAAUAAUAAAAUAUAAUAGUAAGAGUUUAGUAAAUACACACGAAUAAUACUUUUAAAUUUCAACAAAAUAACUAAAAUCGUCAUUCUUUGUUUAAAUAUUUACUUUCGUCCAAAUUAAAAUUUAAAAUAUCCAUGAAAAAACAGUCAUUUCUUUAUUUUGACAAAGUUUUAAUUUAGUAUUUUCAAGACUUUUAUUCAGUGAAAGUGACGCAUUUUCUAGUUUUAAUACUGUGAAAUUAUUUUUUAAGAUAAAUCAUUUUUUUAUUCCUAUUUUCAAAUAAAGCUAUCGUAUUUGUUAUAGACUUUGAAGUGUUUUUCUCCAAAGACAAAAGUACUGAUUUUAUAGAAUUUAAAUUAUCAGAAUAAUAUGACACGGCGUCUAGUCAAGUUCCCCGUCGUAUAAGUAUAGGCUGUGGAGGCAAUGGUAAUCCAGGAAAUAGUUCUCAGAAUUUCAAUACAAAAUUAAGAGCUAUUAAAAAUAUUUUUUUUAACUUAUGCUGUCGUUAUUCAUGUAUUGGAGCUUUAUUGUUUUACACACCCUAUGCAGUUCAUGUACUGUACAUUGUACAAGUCACAUAUAUGUAUAAUCAUGUUUGGUAACAAAAUAGUUAGCGAAUAGUUUUCACCAUAAUAUUAUAUAAUAUGGUGCAGCAACAGUUAAGAAUAAAAAUACUUUGUCGUAUUUACUAUCGAUAAUAUCCUAUUUUCUUCCUUUCACCAACCACCACAGCCAAAAUAUACCAUACAACAUGCAUUUUAGGUGUUUAUUGUUGAAAUGUGCAAUAAUAUUUGUUUUAUUAAAAAUUUGCAAAUAUUUUCAAAAUAAAAUAACCACCAUUUGGUCAUCAUGACGUAAUUCGAUAAUAUAUGAACCAUAAUAAAUAUAAAAAAAUCAUGCCUGUGAAAUUCUGCUCAUAUAAACAUAUCAAUACACUUCACAAAGUAUGAAACAUUAAAAAAAAAAUACAAUAAAUAUCAACAAUCAACCAUUAACAUUUUGAACAAAAUCCAAAUACCAAAUACAAUAUCAACCAAUCGACAAAACAAAACAUUUUUUUUUAUUAUGGUAGUAAAUGUUUUGUUAACAUAAUCCUAUGUAUUUUUAGAAGGCCGUACCUACUGAGGUGGGGGGGGGGGAUUUUGGAAGGACCUAAUUUUUGACUUGUGAUAUUAUAUUAUGAGAAAAUAUUUAUUUUAGUUUUUAGAAUAAAGCUGAAUAAAAAUAUAUAGUAAUCUCCAUAUUAUAUAAAUAAUUACUAUAUUCCGGAUUUCUUGAUAAUAUUAAUAUUUCCGUAAAAUAGCUAUAUAAUAUCAUUUAAUGUAAUUACCAUACAAAAGAUAAAUAAAUAAACACGAUGUCGUCAAAAGGUCAACAAUUCAAGGUCAACAAUCCCUUCUCCUGAAAAAAUAAACCAGUCAGUUGACAGUUCUUAGCAGCCCAAUGCUGCAAUGAGUCAUGAGACAGCUCGUCCGCUGGUCACAGUUCCCGACACACAACUCAUUGACUUGGUGUCCUGAUGAACAGAUUAACUUUAUUUUAAAUCUUAAAUUUAUUUCAAAUACGGUAAUCCUCAUAAUCAAAGGUAUCCGCAGUAUUUGAUUGUAUUGAUUUAUUGUAGUCAAGUUGACUAACGUUAAAAUGUCUUUGACGGAACCUAGCACAUUGCACAUAAAAACGCUUUUGGAUAAAUUUGGACAUUCUACAUUUCGGCCCAAGCAAUGGGAAAUCAUACGAUCGGUUUUGGAGGAGAAAAAAGACGUCUGUGUGGUUAUGUCUACUGGUUAUGGAAAAAGUCUGUGUUAUCAGUAUCCGGCAGUUCAUAGCAACGGUUUAACCAUAGUUGUUUCGCCGUUAAUAUCGCUAAUAAAAGAUCAAUUGCUUUCCCUGGAGAAGGUGAAGGUUAAAGCAUAUCAGCUAACAACGCAAACUUCUAUGGAUGACGCCGAAAGAAGUCUUUUUUCCGGAGACGUAAGAGUGUUAUAUAUAACCCCAGAAUCCUUAGACAAGGAUUUAGUAGUACUGAUUUUACAAUCUUUACGGACUAAAAACAAUAUCGUUGCUGUUGCUAUUGACGAAGCACAUUGUAUUAGUCAGUGGGGUUUUGAUUUCAGACCUGCUUAUAGGAAUUUAGGAAAAAUACGCAACAUACUACCCAAAGUCCCAAUCAUGGCUUUAACAGCCACUGCUACACCAAUUGUUCGCAAAGACAUUUGCACCUCAUUGAAACUCAUAAAACCAAACAUUUUCUAUAUGGGAUUUAAUAGAGAAAAUUUAUACUUUGAGGUGUCAAGAAAGCUGUCAAAAAAAACAAAUUUAUUAUUGGACAUAAAAAAAUAUAAGAAAGAAAACAAACUUUUUUUUGAGGGAUCAACAAUUAUCUAUUGUCCAACAAAAAAAGAGACUGAUACAGUUGCAAAUGAAUUACAUAGUAAUGGGAUAAAAUGUGGAGUUUAUCAUUCUGACAUUUCAUUGAAACAAAGAAACAUUGUGCAUGAACAAUUUGUAAAAGAUAGUUUGAAAAUUGUUGUAGCCACAAUGGCUUUUGGAAUGGGAAUUGAUAAAUCAGAUGUAAGACAGGUAAUUCAUUAUGGAGCUCCAAAAGAUAUUGAAUCAUAUUAUCAAGAAGUCGGUCGAGCAGGACGAGAUGGUGAACCAGCAAUGUGUUAUAUUUUCUACAAUGAAGAAGAAAUUGCAAACAAUAAGAGGUUAACACUUUCAACAAACACAGAUGACAUGUCAUACAACUCUCAUAAAAAAAAAAUGGCUGAGGCCAUCGAAAAGUACAUUGAGACUAGAUUGUGUAGACGUCAACUACUAAUAUCCUAUUUUGAGGAUGUCUCUUCGUCAAAUACAACUGACAGAAUCAUCGUUAGAAAAGACUGCUGCGAUAAUUGUACAAAUAAUAGUUCUAAACGUGUAGGUACCAUUAUACCGCGUACAUGUGAAGAUGAGUAUACACGUGAAGAAAAAGUACCACAAUCUAAAAAACAAGAAAUAAGUAUGGAGCAUUCAAAUACCAAUCAUCUGAACAUAUUUUUUAAAUACAACGAACAAUCGAAUGUAUCCAAUUGUAAAGUAAAAAAUUGUCCACAUCCAGUAAUGAAGGGACGUCGAUUUCAAUCAUUGAAUAAUCAUAUUCUUAAAAGGCAUCCAAACGAAUACAGACAAUUAAUGAUUACCAAGAAUAAUAAAAAAAAUGAAGGACGUCGUUUUGAAGUAGAUAAAAACUUGAAACGUAAAAUAACAAGUAUUGAGCGUUCAAAUUCGAAUCUUGUGAAUAAAUUAUAUUUUAACUACAACGCAGAAUCGGAUGAAUCAAAAUGUAAAAUACAAAAUUGUCCACAUCCAGUGAUGAAGGGUCAUCGUUCUAAGACAUUGGAGAAUCAUAUUCUUAAAAGGCAUCCGAACGAAUACAAGCAAUUAUUGAUCGAAAGAAAUUGUGAAGUUGAUAAAAAUAUGAAUAAACGUAAAAACAUUGGAUCCUCAAAUGGAAUACUUGAUGAUAUUAAAAUAAAUAAAACAAAUUUAAAUACAUCUUUAAACAUAUCAAUGAGUCGAGAUAUGUUACUGGAAGCUUGUUUAGAACUUGUGACAAAUAACGGUAGACCAUUUGACAUAUUCAAAGACUCUGGAAUGAAAAAAAUAUUAAAACCAAUAACUGAUGCAAUUGGAGGAAAUUUUGAUAUUAAUCCAGAACUAAUACAAUUGUAUAUAACUAAGAAAGCUGAAAGUAUUGUUAAGAUUAUUAAAAAGGAAGUAGAAAAUCGUCCUUUAUCCCUUAAAAUUGAUCGUGUUAUGCGAUUAAAUCACUCAAUAAUUGGUAUAAAUGUACACUACCAAGUUGAAAAUAAAUUGCAAAUUCGUACCUUGGAAAUGACGGUAUUGCGUGAAUCUCAUAAUGCUGAACUCUUAAAAUCAGUGAUAAUAAAAGUCCUUGAUCAGUACAAUAUUAUGCAUGAUCAAAUAUAUUCCUGUACAGUAGACAGUGGAUCCAAUAUGGUUAAAGUGGUAAAACCUAGUUCUGACAAUCAAGGAAAUAACGAUAAUUCCGAUAGUGAUGCAGAAAUUACAAAUGAAGAAUUAUCUGAUACAAAUGAAGAUAACGGAAGAGAUAUUUUAAUUGAGCAUGAAAAUAAAAAUGAUACUUUACAAGAUCGCAUAGCCAUUUCAUUUCAAUCCCCUGAAAAAGGAUUGACGCACAGUUUUAAAUGUUCAGCGCACACAAUUCAGUUAUGUGUUUAUGAUGGAUUAAAUAACACCAAUCAUAAAGAUAUUUUGAAUAAAGCUCGCAAAAUUGUUAGAGAAUUGAGAACACCAACAAUGGCCAAUGCAUUAAAAAACAGCGGUUUGAAAAAGUCAAUAUUAGAUUGUAAAACUAAAUGGAAUUCACUGUACGAUAUGUUACAAGGCCUAUUAGAACACAAAGAUUUUUGCCUAAUGAAAUCUAUUGAUAAUCGAUCACUGGAACUCAGCAUAACUAAUUGGGGCUUAAUAGAAUCAUUGGUUGUAGCUUUAAAAUCAGUUAAAACAGGCUCUAUUUCCCUUCAAAGAGCAGAUCUGACAGUUGGAGAUUUUUUUGGUUGUUGGUGGAAGAUAAAGAAUGGACUUAACAAAAUAAAUAAUGUGUUUUCCGUUGCUAUCGUCGAAUCAAUGAAUAAAAUGAUGGAAAAAUUAUUAUUUAAUGAUGUAUUUUCAGCAGCUGUCUACUUAGAUCCACGAUAUCAACAGCUACUAUCGCUUGAAUUUAAAAAUAAAGCUAAAGCUCAUCUUUAUAAGCUAUGGAAACUUUUAGAGUCAUUAAAAAAUCGUGGAAUAUCAAAUAAUCUCAGAGAAUCUGCAGACAUUUCUAAUACCAGUUCUGAAGAUUUAAGAAUUAUUGAUGAAGAAGAGGAUGAAUUUGAACAAUUUUUAAACACAACUUGUGGACCACAGGCUGUUUCAUGUAGUACUCAAGUUCAGCUUCCUGAUAUUAAAUCAAUAAUUGAUUCAUUUGAUCGAGUGGAAAGAAUUUCUUAUGACACUAAUAUUAGAGAUUACUGGAUAUUAAAACAGAAAGAUAUUCCAGAACUCUAUAAACUUGCGCAAGUUUUACUAGCUAUACCCGCAACUCAAGUCAGUGUUGAAAGGUGCUUUUCGAGCUUAAAGUACAUUUUAAAUAGAAGGGACCUUUCUCCUACCAUUUUAGAAAAUAUUAUGUUGGUAAAAUGUAAUACCAUCACAAAUUAAAAUUUAAAACAUUAAACAGACAGACUAUUAAACUAUUGGGAUAGGUUCUAGUAAUAUUAACCUUGUAUUUUUAAUGUAUUACAAUUUAAAUAAGUUAAAUAAUAAUUAGUAUUUAAUAAUAAACUGAUUCCGUCGAGUGUUACUGCUGAGUAGCUACUCCCCUCGCGCCAUCAAAGCCAAUUGUAUUCCAUCCCAUAUGCUCAUUGUAAAUUAUUACAGAUUGUACCUAUAUAUUCAAAUAAAUGUUAAAAAGAAAAUAAUAAUAAACUGUUACCCUUGAAUAUCAGGAUGUCUCUUUUAUCCUCUAUGUCCCCCAAGGAGGUCACCUAGUGCCAUAAUUACUGUUUAUCUUAUUUAUCUAUUUAUAUUAAUAAAUGGAUUACCAAAGCCCAGUUCCUCCUAUUUGCCGAUGGCAUAAAAAUCUACUUAGAAAUGUAUUCUCCUGGAAGUUGUCUCGUCCUUCAAUCUGAACUUAAUAUCUUCUCCACCUGGGUCCAGCGUCUAAGUCUGUUACUCAACUUUGAAAAAUGUCAUAUUAUGACGUCAUUUACUAGAAAUCGUUCUCCCAUUUACCAUCCUUAUUAUCGCCUCGUGGACGUCCUUAUUGCACAGGUGUUUAUAUUCAAGGACCUCGGCAUUUUCUAUUCCUCCUCUUUAUGUUUCGAGCACCACAUUAAUAUAAUUGUCCCUAAAACCCUUAAGAUCUUAGGAUUUAUUAAACGAGUCUUACAAACGUUAUCAUCGGCCAAUUGCCUCCGCUCAGUUUAUUCCAGUCUGGUUCGCUCUAAAAUAGACGCUUUCGUCGCCAGAGGAAAUGGUGGAUGAUAUCAGUUCAUCGUAAUAGAACACUAAAUAGUAUGGAUAGUUUUUUCAAUGGGACUAGUGAGGAAUCUAGUGAGUUCACCAGUUUUUGCAGAAUGUCACUUGCAGAUUUCGAAUUUCUUCUGGUCAAAAUUGAACCAAUGAUAAAAAAACAAACGAAACUGAGAAUACCUAUACCACCGAAAAUACGUUUGGCAAUUACCUUAUGGUAUUUAGCAACAGGGGACAGCUAUAGAAGUCUUCAUUAUUUAUUCAAGGUUUCGACACCAACCAUUUCAUUAAUCGUACCAGAAGUGUGCAAAGCUAUUAAUGUUGUUCUCAAUGACCAAAUUAAGAUGCUAUAACAAACAAAUUCUCAAAUACUCCUAAAACAAAAAUAGAUUUUAAAGAAGCAAUCGAUAAUCAUCUCAAAAAGGCACCAAGGCCGUCAGUAUAAGUUAUAACCAAACAUUUAAAAAAAAGGUCAUCCUUCAAAUCUUCACACAUUUAUACAUCAAUUCCGCUACUCAAUACUGUUUUCCCAAAAUCAAACUGUUCAAUACCUACCACACACACUGAUAUGUAUUAAUACCACACACAAAUAUAUCAAAAAUCACAUUAUUGUUUACAUUUUCGUCUUUAAACUUUUUUAGGCCAAGGGUAGUGGUAUAAUUAGGCCCCUACGACUUGGACAGAGUACCAUUUUAUUAAAACAGGCAAACAGAGGAGCCCAACGAGGGGGCCCCAUCGAUCAUGCGGUCUUGGGCACGUGCCAAAAAUGUCCAAUGGGAAAGAGGUCCCUGAUUGUUUAGAAUCGCACUCCAGUUAAUCAAAUUUUAUAAAAAACACAAAAUCAUAAAAAUAAAACUUUCAGGAUUAUCCGCAGAUUGUUAUAUUACACGUUUCUCGUUACUCCAGAUAAGAAUCGCGUAUGGUUUUAAUUUUGUAAAUAUUAGUAACAAGACAUAAGUCAAGAACAUUUAGUGUGAUCGCGUCUCUUUUAGACUUCGCUUAUAAUUCUACAAGAAUUUAUAGUAACAAUUUAACAUCGAACUCGCAUAAUGGACGACGUUAUACCUACAAGUUUACAUUAUAAAUACAGGUGCGCAAUCAAUAAUUCACCAAAACUAUACAUGCCACAUUGUUCGUACAUAUUUGAAUUAUUGAAUAGCCAAAAUUCCCUUUUUCACAGCAGAAAAAAAUCUGUGCGUUAUUGAACGGUGCAAAAUGUGCGGAUAUGAAUAAUAAGUGUGUGGUUUUGAACGACAGCAACACCCCUAAAUACCACAACAUGAACAGGAUCAAACUUAAAUUAAUUUUUAACGCAUUUUUUUUAAACUUUUAUAUUUUAUAAAUCCCGAAGUAUUUAUUUUUUUUUUUUUUACAUUGUUCAUCUUUAAAUUACAUACUUCAAAAGUUGUAAUACAUGUGUUGUACCUACAGUUUUUGUAUUAAAGAAAAAUAAUGUAUUGCUACUUUUUAACUAUUUGUUGAUAAUAAAUAAGUAUUCUAUUAAAAUGUAUUGUACAUAAAUAUAAAUAAUUAAAAU